CCAAUCAAUAAGAAGUGUGGGGAAAUUAAAAAUGCUGAUUCAUACAUGCAUCUUCCCCUUAAUCGAUACACCAAAUCUGCUGAGCAAAUAAAUGCUCGAAAAUGGUUUGAAUCAUCAAUUCCUAACAAUCCAAUCCAACAACAUAUUCAACAACAUAUUGAACAACAAAUUCUUCAACAACCUUAUUCUCAAUUAGAAGAUAUUCGACAAGUUUCGAUUUUGGCACCAAUAGAAACUUAUCUUAUAAACUCAACUGCUAUUACACAUGAAUAUGAAGCAACUGUUAAAUGGACGGGUUAUUUUGUUGAAAAAGAUGCGUUUGCCCUUCGCUAG